AGUGACGUCAGCCGCUAAAGUGGAAGAAGUGGGCGUGGCCCAGAGAUUGAGUGGCGGCCGUGCCCACCAAUGGCGGCGCGCACAAUGUAGUCCUCGGCGCUCCGAGGGCGGGACUUCCUUCCCGGAGGGUGAGCGUGGAGGCUGAAAUCUGCGGCCAGAAGCCGAGCCGGUCGCCGUCGCCGCCAUGAUUAAGAAGUUUGAUAAGAAGGACGAGGAGUCUGGUAGUGGCUCCAACCCCUUCCAACAUUUGGAAAAGAGUGCUAUUCUUCAGGAGGCUCGCAUCUUUAACGAGACCCCCAUCAAUCCGAGAAGAUGUCUGCAUAUACUCACCAAGAUACUUUACUUGCUGAACCAGGGUGAACAUUUUGGGACAACGGAAGCCACAGAAGCCUUCUUUGCCAUGACAAGAUUAUUUCAGUCGAAUGACCAAACCUUAAGGAGAAUGUGUUACCUGACUAUCAAAGAAAUGGCCAACAUUUCAGAGGAUGUUAUCAUCGUCACCAGCAGCCUGACCAAAGAUAUGACGGGGAAAGAAGAUGUGUACCGAGGCCCUGCCAUUAGAGCACUUUGUAGGAUCACAGAUGGAACAAUGCUUCAGGCAAUUGAAAGGUACAUGAAGCAAGCCAUUGUCGACAAAGUCCCCAGUGUGUCCAGUUCAGCGCUGGUGUCUUCCUUGCACAUGAUGAAGAUCAAUUAUGAUGUGGUCAAGCGGUGGAUCAAUGAAGCCCAGGAAGCUGCUUCCAGUGACAACAUCAUGGUGCAGUACCACGCCUUAGGAGUGCUUUAUCAUCUUAGGAAGAAUGACCGCCUUGCAGUUUCUAAGAUGCUGAAUAAAUUCACUAAAUCUGGACUGAAGUCCCAGUUUGCUUACUGCAUGCUGAUUCGGAUAGCCAGCCGCCUCUUGAAGGAGUCUGAGGAGGGGCAUGACAACCCUCUGUUUGACUUCAUCGAAAGCUGCUUGCGGAACAAACAUGAGAUGGUUAUUUAUGAGGCCGCCUCUGCCAUUAUCCACCUCCCAAAUUGCACUGCCAGGGAACUGGCACCAGCAGUCUCAGUGCUUCAGCUCUUCUGUAGCUCACCCAAGCCUGUGCUGAGAUACGCUGCAGUCAGAACCCUUAAUAAGGUGGCAAUGAAGCAUCCCUCAGCUGUCACUGCCUGCAAUUUGGACCUAGAAAACCUCAUCACGGAUUCGAACCGCAGCAUUGCCACCCUGGCCAUCACCACCCUCCUGAAGACAGGGAGUGAAAGCAGCGUGGACAGGCUCAUGAAACAAAUCUCUUCCUUUGUAUCUGAGAUAUCAGAUGAAUUUAAGGUAGUGGUCGUUCAAGCCAUCAGUGCCCUGUGCCAGAAGUACCCACGGAAACAUAGCGUGAUGAUGACCUUCCUUUCCAACAUGCUCCGAGAUGAUGGUGGCUUCGAGUAUAAGCGAGCCAUUGUCGACUGCAUCAUCAGUAUCAUUGAGGAGAACCCCGAGAGCAAAGAGUCGGGCUUGGCUCACCUCUGCGAGUUCAUUGAGGACUGUGAACACACGGUGCUGGCCACCAAGAUUCUCCAUCUCCUCGGCAAGGAAGGGCCCCGGACUCCCUCCCCUUCCAAGUACAUCCGCUUCAUUUUUAACAGGGUGGUGCUGGAAAAUGAGGCUGUCCGAGCUGCGGCCGUCAGUGCCCUGGCAAAGUUUGGGGCCCAAAAUGAGAACCUGCUUCCCAGCGUCCUCGUACUUUUGCAGAGGUGCAUGAUGGACAGUGACGACGAGGUCCGAGACAGAGCCACCUUCUACCUGAAUGUGUUGCAGCAGAGGCAGCUGGCACUGAAUGCAGCAUACAUCUUCAAUGGUCUGACAGUCUCCAUCCCAGGGAUGGAAAAGGCCUUGCACCAGUACACACUGGAGCCUUCGGACAAACCUUUCGACAUGAGGUCUGUGCCACUUGCCACUGCUCCCAUUUUUGAGCAGAAAUCAGAGAUUGCCCUGGUGGCCAGCAAGCCAGAGAAAGUAGCUCCUUCGAGGCAUGAUAUCUUCCAAGAACAACUGGCAGCCAUUCCAGAGUUCAAGAAUUUGGGUCCACUCUUCAAGUCAUCUGAACCGGUCCAGCUCACAGAGGCAGAGACUGAAUAUUUUAUCCGAUGUAUCAAGCAUGUCUUCUCAAAUCAUAUUGUCUUCCAGUUUGACUGCACAAAUACUCUCAACGAUCAAUUACUGGAAAAGGUGACGGUGCAAAUGGAGCCAUCAGAAGCCUUUGACGUGCUCCGCUGCAUCCCAGCCCCAAGCCUCCCCUACAACCAGCCGGGUAUAUGCUACACACUUAUCCGUCUGCCCCUGGAUGACCCCACUGCAGUCGCCUGCACCUUCAGUUGCACAAUGAAGUUCACCGUCCGAGACUGUGACCCCAACACUGGAGUGCCAGAUGAAGAUGGCUAUGAUGAUGAAUACGUGUUGGAAGAUCUAGAGCUCACCCUUUCUGACCACAUUCAGAAAGUCCUGAAACCGAACUUUGCAGCAGCCUGGGAGGAAGUGGGGGAUGACUACGAGAAAGAGGAGACCUUUGCGCUCAGCACCAUUAAAACCCUGGACGAAGCUGUCAACAACAUUGUGAAGUUCCUUGGCAUGCAGCCCUGCGAGAGAUCAGAUAAAGUGCCAGAGAAUAAGAAUUCCCACACGCUCUACCUUGCUGGUGUGUACAGAGGCGGCUUAGACGUCCUGGUGAGAGCAAGGCUGGCCCUGGCGGAUGGCGUGACUAUGCAGGUGACGGUCCGCAGUAUCGUGGAAACACCCGUGGAUGUCAUCUUGGCUUCUGUCGGCUAAAAGCCACAACAGUGCAAACUAGAACCCACUUGGAAGGCACUCCAGGGAUCUACAGUUCUGCAUGUUUUGGUAUUUCCCCCCAGCUCUUGACCCGUGGUCUUUGUGUGGGGCAACGGGGAGUAACCCCUGCCUCGUCUCUUCUGUGCCAUCAGAGCCGGGACUAUAAUCACCACCAUCCCAGCUCUUCUUCAUCAUUCCUGUAUAAAUUAUUGUCUCUGUGCUGCUGUUAGAACCAAGGCAGUGGGUAGAAGAAUUCUUUUUUUAAAAAGAGCCAAACUUUUCACGAAUGGAUUUUUAUUAGCAGAAAAUAAAAUGGGAUAGUCCACCAUUGAUGUCUUUC